AUGCAUUCAGGCCGCUUCAGAGUUCAUGAAAGACGCGGGGGAAUUUCUCAGCACGCGGGGCGCCAGGCCGUAAAGUCAAGGAAUGAGACACUGACAUUCCUGCCCCCCGACGGCGAUGAAACUAUGGAGGAAACCAAACGAGAUGUUUCAGCCAAAAAUUUUACAGUGAUUCUUCACCCAACACGUCGCGCGCUGGGCACCUCGGGGGCGCUGCUCACCUUACCGGGCAUUUGGGCGUGCGCGCUGUUGCUGGCGAUGCCACAGUUCCUCUUCAGGACGCUGCAACACCACGACAUUGGCUUGCCAGGUCUCGACGCCGUCAACUUCUGCUUCGAAGAAUGGCCUGUAGACCACGGACGAGGAUACUACAGCGUCUUCGUGAUGCUCGUGCAGUUCUUCGUGCCUCUUCUCACUGUCACCAUCUCCUAUGCCAGGAUUGUUCAUAAACUUAAAUUCCGUAUGACCAAAACUGUUGUCCGAAACGGUAAUAAGACACGAAAAGACGAAACUCGUAACAGGAAAACCAAUAUUCUUCUUAUUUCAAUAGCGAUUAUCUUUUGCUUAUCGUGGUUACCUUUGAAUAUGUACAACAUAAUUGCUGAUUUCUCGAACCCAUUCGGCGAUGACACGGACGCCAUGUUGAUGGUGUACGCCAUUUGUCAUUUGUUAGGCAUGUCAUCUGCCUGCUCCAAUCCUGUGCUUUACGGAUGGCUCAACGACAACUUUAGGAAAGAA